AUGGUGGGCGGCCCCAACGCCAUGGCGGCCGUCACGAAGAAGCGAUAUUCAAAAACAAAGCUGGGGUGUAAGACGUGCAAAGUUCGCAAGAUUCGCUGUGACGAGACGUCGCCCGUCUGCAACAACUGCACCAAGUCGGGCCGGCGCUGCGAUGGCGUCGCCGAGCCCGUCAACAAGGACGGCGGCCUGACGUUUACCGCGCCGCUGACGCUGACACACUUUCGGCCGACGCAGACGGGCUGGCUCACGCCGCAGGAGAUUGCACAUCUCGACCUCUUCCGCCACGAGCUCGUCUACAGCAUCGUCGGCCACGUCGGCACGCCGUCGUGGAAGCGCCUGAUCCUGCAGGCCGUGCACGAGGAGGUGGCGCUGUGCCACGCCGUCGUGGCCUUUACCGCACUGAGCACGUCGGCCGGCGUCCACGGGGACAUGGCCUGCAGCGACGGCGGCCAGCAGGGCACAGUGUUGUCCGUGGCAUCGUCGUCCGUCGCUCAGUCGCCGCAGUCGAAUCAGACGUCGCGCGAAAACGAGUUUGCGCUGCGACACUACGGAAAAGCGCUCGAGGCGAUGCGGCACGUCUUUCACCACAACGACAAGCGGUCCAUCAACACGGCGCUUCUCUGCACGCUGCUGUGUAUAUGUUUCGAGUUGCGAAUAAAAGAACCGGCAACGGCGCUAACACAUCUCAAUCAUGGGCUGCAAGUCGUGAAUUCAAAUCUCCAUACCGUCGACGAGGCUAUAACGACUGCCUUUGCACGUCUCGAUCUACAAGCCGCCGUGUUCCUAGGGGUACGAGCACCGGCAUUAGAUCCAUCAUUGGUGGCGUCCCGCAUCUUCGUCUUUGACUCAGUAUACCAAGAGGCCGACCACGCCCUCGCCGCCCUGAUCAACCGUCUAUGGGCCUUUAAACGAACCGUGGCCGACGAGUAUCGAUAUGGAGAAGGAGGCCCUGUUCCCGAGUCCGUCAAGGCCCAAGCGCAGGGCAUCGAAAAGAACCUCGAAAGAUUCAACAAGCAGUACAUGACGCCAAAUAGCAAGCUCGAAAAGAUGCUGCCGGAGCAGAUCAGCCUGCUACGCAUCAAAUACCUGACGUCGGUCGUUGUUAUGAGCGGAUGCUUGUCACCAGAGGAGACUGUGUGGGAUGCGCACGCCAGCGACUUUGUCGAGAUGGUGGAUCUCGCCGCGGAUAUACGAAUGCGCCAGCAACAGCUGAUUCCAAAUUACUCGGGCAGCGGUGGCUUCCAGCUCGACAUGGCCGUCAUCCACCCGCUGUACCUGACGGCGACCAAGUGCAGGUGUCCCGUCACGCGCCGGCGAGCGAUCCAGGCGCUGCACACGGGGCCCGACUUUGAGGGCGCCUGGGAGGGCGUCGUGAAUGCGCGCAUCGGCGAGCGCGUGAUGCAGAUGGAGGAGGAGGGCGUCGUGUUUGACCUGGAGAGGCUGCGGGACGGAGAGCUGGUGGAUGUGCCCGAGAGCGCGCGCAUACACUCGGUUGAUAUCGAGACCGAACCGGCGCAGGGGAGGGCUAAACUAUUUUUCAGUCGGCGGCCAAACGGGCCAGGCACUGAAUGGGAUGACUGGGAAGAGGAAAUGACGUGGUGA